UAAAGUGACAGCUGUGCAUACCCAAACAAUGCUGAAGGAUAGAACACCUUGACGCUUCAUUUCCCGCCAUUCUCAACUUCCAAACAAUCAAUGUUUAUGAUUCCAAACCACCCAAAACAACUUCUCACUGAAAAACUCUUAUCUCUCUUGAAACAAUGUGUUUUUUCCACCAAGACAUUGCAACAAAUCCACACCCAGAUGCUCAUAAACUCCAUUCACAAACCCAAUUUCCUACUCUCCAAAUCCAUCCAUCUCAAAGACUUCAACUAUGCCUCGCUUCUCUUCUCUCACAUACCUCUACCCAACGACUAUGCUUUCAAUAUCAUGAUUCGUGGCUUAACAACUACAUGGCAAAAAUUCGAUCUUGCCUUAAAAUUCUAUUACCAAAUGAAGUUUUCAGGCUUAAAACCUAAUAAUUUUACCUACCCAUUUUUGUUUGUUGCGUGUGCUAAUCUUUCGGCGUUAGAUCAUGGCAGGUUGGCUCAUUCAGUGCUUUUCAAGAAUGGGUUGAGUGUUGAUGGUCAUGUGAGUCACUCGUUGAUCACAAUGUACGCGAGGUGUGGCCAGUUGGGUUGUGCACGGAAAGUGUUUGAUGAAAUUUCGGAGAGAGAUGUGGUGUCGUGGAAUUCGAUGAUUUCAGGGUACUCAAAGAUGGGUUUUGCAGGGGAUGCGGUGGCGGUGUUUGGGAAGAUGAGGGAUGAAGGUUUUGAGCCGGAUGAGAUGACUGUAGUGAGUGUUCUUGGGGCGUGCGGUGACUUGGGGGAUUUGAAUUUGGGAAGGUGGGUUCAAGGGUUUGUUGUAAACAAUAAAAUGCAGCUGAACUCUUAUGUUGGGUCAGCUUUAAUUGAUAUGUAUACCAAAUGUGGUGAUUUGUUGUCAGCAAGGGGGGUCUUUGAUCGAAUGGUGAAAAAAGAUGUGGUCACCUGGAAUGCUAUGAUAACUGGGUAUGCGCAAAAUGGAUUGUCGGAUGAAGCUAUUUCAUUAUUUAACUCUAUGAGAGUUAAAGGGGUUAACCCGGAUAAAAUCACAUUGAUUGGAGUGUUGUCUGCUUGUGCUUCAAUCGGAGCCCUUGACUUUGGAAAGUCGGUUGAUGCAUAUGCUUUGGAAAGAGGCUUACAACAUGAUAUCUAUGUUGCUACUGCCUUAAUUGACAUGUAUGCGAAGUGUGGGAGCAUGGAAAAUGCUCUUAGAGUUUUUGAAAGAAUGCCCAUGAAAAAUGAAGUCUCUUGGAAUGCCACAAUCUCUGCACUCGCUUUUAAUGGACGAGCCCAAGAGGCGUUAUUGCUAUUUAAGUCUAUGUCAGAGGAGGGUGAGGCUGCCCGUCCAAAUGAUAUCACAUUUGUUGCAGUACUCUCUGCAUGUGUGCAUGCUGGAUUGGUUGAUGAGGGUCAGCGGUUAUUUAACUUGAUGAGCUCAUCUUUUGGAUUGGUCCCGAAAAUUGAGCAUUACUCUUGCAUGGUUGAUCUUUUGGCACGUGCAGGACAGUUGUACAAAGCAUGGGACUUCAUUGAGAAGAUGCCUGAAAACCCCGAUGAAGUCAUGUUAGGUGCAUUGCUUGGUGCCUGUCAGAAACUCAGAAACUUUGAUGUUAGUGAGAAGGUUAUGAAGCUUCUUCUUGAAAUGGAGCCUUCAAAUUCUGGAAACUAUGUUAUCUCAUCACAGAUAUACGCAGAUUUGAAAAGGUGGGAUGAUUCGGCGAGGAUGAGAGUGAUGAUGAGACAGAAAGGUGUCACCAAAACUCCUGGUUGUAGUUGGAUUGAGAUGGAUGCUCAAGUUCAUGAAUUUCAUGCUGGGGACUCUGUUCACCUAUAUUCCGAAGAGAUUUACAAGGUAAUGGAGUUGCUAUAUGAUGAGAUGAAAGUGAAAGUUUGUAACCCAAACGUUGAUCUGCUAUAGGGAAGGAAGGAUUGAGAAACUCGCUAUGAGAGUCAAGUUCAUCAACUACCAAAAAAAAAA